AUUUAAAAUUUCUUUCUCAUUGUUAUCUACACAAACAAAAGUGCACACAUGGAAACGCGAAACCGGAAAAGGCGCCGUCCGUCGGUCAAACUACACCAGCAUCCCAGCCAAAACCUACCUGGCACCAGCCAACAACCCCGUCAGCUGCCUUCCACCCAAAUGCCCGAUCAGCUGCCUCCCAACCAACAGCCUGUCCAGCUGCCUCCCAACCAACAGCCUGUCCAGCUGCCUCUCACCCCCAGCCAUCGACUCGGCCAAUGGUCUUCAAACCAACAGUCCGGCCAUCAACCCGACCAGCUGCCUCCCAGUCAACAACUGGGCGACCAGAUGCAGCCUGCAGCAAGCCAGCCAGAUCCGGCUGUUCAAUCGGGUAAUGGUUUUAGUGAGGAUAUUUUUUUACCAUGCAUGAUUCCUAGUUUUCAGUCUGUUUUAGGUGAUCAUGUUCCUCAGUCAAUUAAAGACAAAUUAAUAUCAGGCCAAUAUGUAGAUCUGGCAUGUUUGUUGGAGGCCCCGGUAGUUCCUGAAGAUUUAGGAAAACAUUUGGUUUUGAAUAAUUCGGGUGAAUUAGUGGUAAAGCCCAACAUGAAACAAAGCAUUGUUGAUAUAGCUAAAUGGACUGACGCAUUCCUCAUUUUCUCAAGCAUUUAUUUAAGUGCUCAUCCGGUUAAAAUGCAAGAUCUCUUAAAGUAUAUGCACACUAUAAGGCUGGGGGCAGCAAGACACACUGAGGGUUGGAGAUCUUAUGAUAAACAGUUUAGGUUGAGAAUGGGUAAUAACCCAGCGAAUUCGUGGGCAAUGAUUGAUAUGGAGCUUUGGCUGUUGUGUAUGGGGCCUCCAAGGCAGCCAGUUCAUGAUACAGGGAAUUUUGUAAGAAAAUGUUAUGAUUUCAAUUAUACCAGAUGCUUACGGUCAGUUUGCAAUUACAAACAUGCUUGUAUGAUUUGUGGUUCCGACCAUCCUUCCAGGGUAUGUCAUCUCAAGCCUCGCAACACCAGUUCCUUGGGAGGAGGGUCUGUCAGGGGGGCUGUCACCCAGACCUCGUACAGGCCUAGAGCUUACACGUUCCGACCUAGAGGCCCAAUUCAGGGGCUCCGGGGCCCGUUUAGCAGAUACUAAUACCUCAGUUUGGUCUCUUGGCAAGUCGCCAAUCAAUGUUGUUACGAUUUCUAAAUAUCUUCAGUUAUAUCCAAAUAAAGAAGUAGCUUCUGUG